AUGUCGCCUGAGCCUACCAAAGUGAAGGUGGAAUACAUAACCGAGGACAAAACUAGCAAGGAGGGCAGCGGUACGCAGUCGCCCCUUGCACUUUUGGCGGCGACGUGCAGCCGGCUCGGCGCCGCCACCAUGGGUCCUGAGCAGCAGGAUAGCAAGGAGCAGCAGCAUUUCAGCCCCCAGCAACAACAGCAGGCUCAGCAACAACAACAAGCCCAACAACAAGCCCAACAACAACAAGCCCAACAACAACAGGCCCAACAACAACAGGCACAGCAACAAGCUCAGCAGCAACAGGCGCAGCAACAAGCUCAGCAGCAACAGGCGCAAUUAAUACAGCAACAGGUGCAAGGCGCAGAUGCGGCAACGAUUGCUGCAAUACAGCAACAGUACUUGCAACAGCAGCAACAACAGCCGCAACUUAGAGUCAUCAGUGCUGCUGUAGUGCAGCAGCUGAGAGCACAGGGACUAUCGGGUAAUGAGUUGUCAGCGGCAAUUGUCAAUGCUGCAAAUUCUGUACCAAAUGGAAUACAAGUACAACAGCCACAGGUGAUAUCGAUGCAACAACUGCAGUCGUUGCUCGGUGGUGGAGUUGUGUCGGGAGAGGGAGCCACGUAUCAGAACUCGCCACAGCAACUGUUGCAGAUACACCCUCAGUUAUUGCAGCAACAAGCCGGAGGCGUGUACGGCAGUUGUCUGGUGGGAGGCAUGGGGGGAGUGGCGCCCAUGCAGGCCGUCACUGUGGACGGACAGGACGCACUCUUCAUACCAGCACAACACGCUCAGAAUUUCUCUGGCAUGGGUCAAGUUAGCUUGGUCAACGGGCAGCUAGUGAGAACGCCAGUACUCCCUGCCGGCUUUCUACAAAACGUUAUGCAUUUACCAACCGAACAGCAGGCCAGCGUGACCAUCCCGGGCACUAACAUAUCCUUCCCCCUGAGCGCUUUGACCGGGAACCAAAUGAUCACAAUACCCGGGACAAACAUUACCAUCCCUUCUGGGAUUCAAGUCCCGACCAGCCAGACGAUAACGAUCCCGUGUAGCUCGUCCAGCGUGGGCGCAACCGUGAGUCUCGCGGGAACUGAAUCCAAGACCACCGCCGCCAAAGACAGCAAGGAGUCGACCAGCCCGCAGGGACAAGGUGGUGGAGUGGCAGUUCGAGGUGGCGUGGGGGGUGUAGGCAUGGUGCCGGUCCAAGUGCCAGUUAGCAUGGCGAACGGACACACGGUGUAUCAGACCGUACACCUGCCCGUUCACGCGCCCCAACAUCUACAGAUCAUACCACAGUUGCAGCAGAUGCAAGCCCAACCUCAAAUGGCGAAUGUACUAACGCCGUCCGGACAGAUACAACAGAUACAAAUAGCUUCAUUGGCGAAUAUGCAGCAGGGUGGUGGUACGCAGACAGCAUCAAGUUCGACAGCUACACCGGCCACCAUUACCCUACAGGUGCCUACACUUGGUGUAGGCGGUUUAGGCGGCGCAGUUCAACUAGUCCCAGCCUUAGGGUUACCAGGAGUACAAUUAGCGCAACUGCAGCAGCCACAGCAACAGUCAGCUCAACCACUUAUCGGUCAGCAAAUUCAACAAGACCCCAAUGAGCCAGGUAAAUGGCAAGUUGUAAGUGUAAGUGCGUCUAACGGCAAUGGCACUACAUCUACUACACCAGUGCCGCAGGAGUGUGAGGCAGCUAAGCACAGACCUACAAGUCCCAGCGGCAAGAGACUCAUGAAAAGAGUAGCUUGCACUUGUCCAAAUUGUGACCAAGGAGAGAAUAGGUUGAUGGAUCGUAAGAAGCAGCAUGUAUGUCACAUCCCGGGCUGCAACAAGGUGUACGGCAAGACCUCACAUCUUCGAGCGCAUCUCCGGUGGCAUUCUGGGGAGAGACCAUUCCUUUGUAACUGGCUGUUCUGUGGGAAGAGGUUCACAAGAUCAGAUGAGCUACAGAGGCAUCGUCGCACGCACACGGGUGAGAAGCGGUUCGAGUGUCCCGAGUGCAGGAAACGAUUUAUGCGAUCCGACCACCUCGCCAAGCAUGUACGCAUACACACAAAAAAUAGGAUUACGGAGGUAGCGACAUCAACACAGUCUAUGUACUCGGACUCAGGCGACGACAGUUGUGACGAGAAGAUGAUGCUGACCAUUGAGACUACUCAUCAGGAAGCCGACAGCGAAGACAAGGCUGAACCAAUAUAUUGA